UGGCUCUGGAGAAAAGCGAGUUUUUUCUGUCCGAAAUUUCCUUUUUGGGCUACAUCGUCACGGUCGAGGGACUGAAACCUGAUCCCAGGAAGGUAGCAGCGGUCCGAGAAGCCCCGGCCCUGGUCACGCUCACUCAGGUUCGAGCCUUCCUAGGGCUGGCCUCUUAUUAUCGACGCUUCAUUCGGGGCUUUGCCUGCCUCGGCAAGCCGCUGAUGAACCUGCUGAAGAAGGAGGAGCAGCUGAUCUGGACACCGGAAUGCGAGGCGGCUUUUCAGGCACUCAAGGAGGCUCUGACAUCGGCGCCCGUGUUGGCGCGUCCCAAUCCGACAAGACAGUUUGCGCUGCAUACGGACUGGCAGCCACAGGCGAUAUCGGCGGUGCUGACUCAGCAAGGAACGGAUGGAAGGGAGCACGUCAUCGAGUAUGCAUCGAAAACGCUAAGCCAGGCACAAUCAAACUACGAGGCAUGCAAGGGUGAGUGCUUGGCAGUGGUGUGGGGGGUUCAGCACUUUCGACUGUAUCUGUACGACCAGAAGUUCGUGCUCGUGAUGGACCAUCAGCCAUUGCUGUCGUUGCGGAACAACACGGACUACACGGGUACCUUGGGAAGGUGGGCGGUGAGAUUGCAGGACUACGACUUCGACAUCCGCCACCGCGCCACCAGGCAGCACGGGAACGCCGACGGUCUGACGUGCCUCCAGCCGCCGAACAAGAGUCCCGCGAACGAAAAUCUCAUCUCGUGGAAACCGAUUUCGCCUUCGACGAAACCCGGCUACGGGGAGUUGCCUGGGACGGAGACGACUCGAGUGUUCAUAGAGUUCCGCGCGCUCCAGGUGGCACCUAACUUCGUGCAUAGCGUCGCCACCUUUAUCGGAGACCUGAUGAUCCUGCCGCAGCCGAAUCGGGAGCCGGCGCGAAGCUUUGUGCGCGAAUACGAGGUGCAGGCGGCGAGAUCAGUGGCCAAAGUGCAAGGACGGGGAGGACGCCGAUUCACAGCCCACGAAGCACUGUUACGCAGGGCAGAGGACGAACCAAUUGCAUUGCUCACGGAGGGCCCCUAUCCUAUGAGCGAGUUGUCGGAGUAUUUGGUGGAGCUGACUGACGUGGAGCCGCUGCCUUUCGCAGAUGCAGACGCGUGGGAGUUGCACCGUGCGCUAUACAAGUCGGUGGCGUUAGGGAUGUUCCGAUUCUUCGUGGAUCACGAAGACCACUGCAUCGGGGAGCACUUCGUCGUCUAUUACGUCAUCACGCGGCCCAAGCCAGCGCAGAAGGAAGGGACGGUGGCGUUGUACCCAUUUGCCCAGCUCCAGACAACCGAUCCGGGAUUGUUGGAGCUCAUACAUCUUGAGCUCCUAUCCAUUGCUGAAGUGAUCGCAAGCGAGGAAGAGGAGAUCCAGCCACGAUUGUGGACGGCGGCUGCCUCGCGGAGAACGUACAACGUGGUCGUCAUCCUGGAUUACAUUGCGCAGCGCGACGAGAGGUUGGAGGACUUCCCUGAGGAAAAGCCGCUGCGACCUCCCUCAUCGUAUCCCAGACCUGCGCCGCCAAAAGCCCCCAAGAAGACGCCGAAGAGGAAGAGACGCCACCCAUCGCCAGGAGCGCAAGGUAGCCGAAUCGGAGGUGGCGAGGAGGUGGUUCAGCCAGUGCACGCGCGGAAUCCCGACCCUGUGCCUGUGAGUGCGGCGACGCUGGUUAAGGAGACUGUCGUGUUAUCGCCGCCCCUCCCGCGUGUGCCCGAUCUCAAUCUGGAUGGAGCCGGGCCAUCAGCCACACCAGCCGGAGGAGGACGCCGAAUGGGAUUACCGGAUCCCGUAUCCAGACCCCCCGUCCUCGCGGGACCUUUCCGCUUCCGCCAGCCACCCCGGAGUGCCCCGAUCAUUGACAUUAGCAGCUCCUCCGAACCGGACGGUCCACCCGACAGAGGUGGAUUUCAUGGUGGAACCCACCACUAUCAGGCUCGAGGCCAUUGCGGGGGCGCCGCGCCCUGAUCCAGCGUGGGAACCAUAUCUGACACCCCCUUUUCAAGGGUGUAUCGCUGCGCGGCUGGCAGGGACGCUCAUCUACGAGACCGGGCAGCGUCCCAAUA